AUACACAAUUGUUGGAGAGAGAGGAUAUUAAGGUAUAUAUAUAUAUAUAUAUAUACACACACACAUUAGAGAUAUAUAUAAAUAUGUUCCACAAGAAGGUCCUUUUGCUACCAAUUACCCACCUCUUGUAUCCCUUUUCUCUUUGUUGUGUAUAUAUUCAACAUUUUAUUUCUCUCAAUAUAUACUUGACAUAGCAACAAAGUGUUUGGCCAUGGAAACAUCUCAGCCUCUUUCCAUUGAGAGCUUCUCAUACAGUUGGUUAGUAAACCUCAAACCAUCACUAGAAAGCCUAGAAAACUCUCUCAGAACCUCACUAGACGCGUCCGAUGAGGCUUCGAGCUUCAUCGAGAUGGACCCGAGAAUGCCUCCUUCGAAGAGAUUCUUCAGGAGUUCUCAGGAUUUCAAGUUUGAUUUCCCUGUGUCACAGUCUCCUCUAACUCUUGUCCAUGCAGAUGAGCUUAUCUCUAAUGGUUACCUUAUGCCUCUCUUUGUUGAACCAUUGAAGAUUAAUGAGGCUUUUGAGUCUUCUUCAAAUUCAAACCAAAACUUGCCAAUCUCUUUGCAUUCACCAAAACAUUCUGUUUCAGGUGCUAAUCAUUCUGAUUGCACUAAUUCCAUGAGAAGGGGUAGGAGAUUAUUAUCAAGGAGGAUAAUUCAAAAGUACUUCAAUUUCCUUAGGCCAUUGUAUCGAAGAAUUCGAGGUCAAAGAGCAAGUUCUAAUAAAGCAGAUAAAAGAAUUCAUCAUCAUCAAGCUGUGAAGAAUAGCAGAGUUUAUUCUUCAGAAACCACAUCUCCUAGAAUAAGUGUAGCUUAUUCUGCAGAUGAUUGGAGAAAAUCUUGUGAUUCUGAUAGCUCAAUUUAUGAGGCAGUUCUUCAUUGCAAAAGAUCUAUAGGACAAUAAAACUGAGAAUGGGGAUGCUUUACAGAUCAGAGAAGAUUUGAAAUGAGGAAGUGGAAAGCAAAGAAAGGAACAAUUGAAGAGAGGGAGGGGGGAGAGAGGAGAGAAAGGAAAUGAGAGGUGACAAGAAGAUCAACACCCCACUUGUUAUUUGUCACUAUUCUCUAUAUUUUUUUUCUUGGAUGAUAAUGUAAAGUUUGUCUUAGAAAGCUAUGUGGAUCGUUAGCCAUGGAAAUUCUGACCUCACUGAGAAAACAGAAGGGGAAAAAAAAAAAAAAAAGAGGAAAAAAAAGGGAGAACAUACUGAAAUUUUUGUCAUUGUCUUUUUCUUUAUGGGAAGGAAACUGCUACCUACUGAAGAGAAUCUCCUUUCCCUCACUCACUCCUGUAAA